AUGUACAAUGAUGAACUUUCAAAGGCAAUUACGAAAGCUCCAAAAAAUUCCAAAUAUACAAGUCAUGAUAUUCAGAAACAAAUACUUCAUGUGCUUUCGGUGAGAGUAAAAAAUACAAUUCGUGAAGAAAUUAGAGUUGCCAAGUAUUGCAUAAUUGUUGAUGAAGUCCGAGAUGAGUCAAAAAGAGAGCAAAUGUCUAUAGUAUUGAGGUUUGUGGAUAUUAAUGGAUUCAUUCAAGAACAUUUUUUUGGGCUUGUUCAUGUAUCUGAUACUGCGGUUUUAACUUUAAAGGAUGCUAUAUAUUCUGCUUUGGCUCACUACAAUUUGAAUGUUCAAAAUAUUAGAGGUCAAGGCUAUGACGAUGCUAGUAAUAUGAGGGGCAAGUUUAAUGGAUUAUUAACUUUUAUAGUUAAUAUUGUUGGUUCUUCAUGUAAGCGUAAUGAUGAAUUGAAGAAUGCUCAUGCAGAUGACAUUGCAUAUUUGAUUGCUAUUAAUGAACUCGAGAUAGGGCGUGACCUUAAUCAGAUAGAUUCACAGUUGCAAGAAAUUAAUGGUCGCUUUAGUGAUGAUGCUAUGGAAUUGCUCAUUCUUAGUAAUGCCCUAAAUCCUCAAAAUGCGGUGGAGUCUUUCAGAGUUGUAGAUAUAUGCAAAUUAGUUGAAAAGUUUUAUGCUCAGGAUUUUACGAGAGAUGAAAAAGAACAAUUGGAGAUGCAAUUGAAGCAUUACGAGUAUAACAUAGUCAAAAGGUCCGACUACAAAAAUCUUUCAACCAUUUUAGAAUUAUGUCAAUGGUUGGUAAAGACUAACAAGUCUGUUACAUACAACCUCAUUUUUAGAGUGAUCAUACUUGUGCUUACUCUUCCGAUUUCUACGGCUACUUCAGAACGAUCAUUUUCUGCGAUGAAUAUUAUGAAAACAAGGCUUCGAAGCAAAAUGGAGGAUACUUUUCUCUUAGAUGCGUUAAUGGUAUAUAUUGAGAGAGAAAUUGCUAGAAGUGUGAGCAUAGAAGCUAUCAUUAAAGACUUCAAAAAUUUAAAAGAAUGUCGAAUUCCUUUUAGUUAG